UUGAAACUGGCGUGUUUUAGCCGACGGGUGAUGAUUUUUUAAUCAUUAAAAAAUGACUGUAAUUACAAAAACAUAUUAAUGAUGCAGUUUGCGGGUUUAUUCAUUUAAUACGGUCGACUUAUCACGCUUACAGCAGCGUCUUUAUAAGGCAUCAAGGGUGCACGGCCUGUGCUUUCAUUAGAACAGCUCACAGCUCCUCCCCUGCCCUUGACAACGAAGAUGGCGAGCGCAACCAAAUUCAUCCAGAGGUUAAGGAACUUGGCGUCAGGGAAAGAUCUUCAGGCAAAACUACAGCUUCGUUACACUGAAAUUUCAAAGAGGACUCAGCCACCCCCAAAUUUGCCUGUUGGCCCUAGUCACAAGUUAGCAGACAACUACUAUUGCACAAGAGAUGGGAGAAGAGAAUCCUACCCUCCCCUUGUUAUAAUGUCUCCAUACAAGGCUCUGCCUUCUGGAGGUCAGGCUUCAGGCACUGAGACAGCAAUAGCAAAAGCAGCAAGAAACGCAGUGACUCCUGGGUCUCCUCCUCCCAAAAUGGAAUUAUCUAAAGAUGAACCAUAUCUCUGAGUUAAAUAUGGAAGACUGUUUAGCAAAUACACUUUAAUGUAUAUAGAAAUUUGCCUGCAUAAAUAAAGAAUUUCUUCCCACAAAUCCA